GUGGGGCGGGGGCGGGACGCCGUCCCGCCGCGGGUCUGGCCCUGUGUCAGCAGCCGAGCGGGCGCUCGGGCGGGACAUGGCUAGCUGUGCGGCCCGACGGGCCCUGACUGUGGGCAGCCGCUGGUGGUCUCGGUCGCUGGCCACGGCCCGAGGGUCGAGGCCGCUGUGUGCGGUCGGUGGAGCAGGGGCCCUUCUGCCGGUGGCUACAGCGACGUCGCGAAGGCAUCUGUCGUCCCGAAACCGAGCAGAGGGCAAGGUGCUGGAGACAGUUGGUGUGUUUGAGGUGCCAAAACAAAAUGGAAAAUAUGAGACCGGGCAGCUGUUCCUUCAUAGUGUUUUUGGCUACCGAGGGGUCGUCCUGUUUCCUUGGCAGGCCAGACUGUAUGACCGGGACGUGGCUUCUGCAGCUCCUGAAAAAGCAGAGAACCCCGCUGGUCAUGGCUCUAAGGAGGUGAAAGGCAAAACUCACACUUACUAUCAGGUGCUGAUUGAUGCCCGUGACUGUCCACAUAUAUCUCAGAGAUCUCAGACAGAAGCUGUGACCUUCUUGGCUAACCAUGAUGACAGCCGGGCCCUCUAUGCCAUCCCAGGCUUGGACUAUGUCAGCCACGAAGACAUCCUCCCCUACACCUCCACAGAUCAGGUUCCCAUCCAGCACGAGCUCUUCGAAAGAUUUCUUCUCUAUGACCAGACAAAAGCACCCCCUUUUGUGGCUCGAGAAACACUCCGGGCCUGGCAAGAGAAGAAUCACCCCUGGCUAGAGCUCUCUGAUGUCCACCGGGAAACAACUGAGAACAUCCGUGUCACAGUCAUCCCUUUCUAUAUGGGCAUGAGGGAAGCCCAGAACUCUCACGUCUACUGGUGGCGCUACUGUAUACGCUUGGAGAACUUGGACAGCGAUGUGGUGCAGCUUCGGGAGCGGCACUGGCGCAUAUUCAGUCUCUCGGGCACCUUGGAGACAGUUCGUGGACGAGGGGUGGUGGGCAGGGAACCAGUGUUAUCCAAGGAGCAGCCUGCAUUCCAGUAUAGCAGCCAUGUCUCCCUGCAAGCUUCCAGUGGGCACAUGUGGGGCACGUUUCGUUUUGAGAGACCCGAUGGCUCCCACUUUGAUGUCCGGAUCCCACCCUUCUCCCUGGAAAGCAAUAAAGAUGAGAAGACACCACCCUCAGGCCUUCACUGGUAGGCCAGCUGAUGUCCUUGAGUGCCCAGGUUGGGCCCCUCCGAACAGCUCUUAACCCCUAAUUGCUGCAGAACUCUAAAUCUCUCCCUAUUAUGGGCCACAACGGGCCCCCUAAUUUUGGGAUUCUUUUUUCGGAGGGCACCGUAACUUUUCUUGGAAGACCCACAUAAGACUCCUCCAAGGUUGGCUCCCGCCCCAGGCCAUGCCUACACUAUGUUCCAGCAAAAUUGUCAGGGAACUCUGUUCAGUUGUCACAGGUUUCUGGAAUGUGAGGUGUGGUCAAUAAACCAGUGCUCACUUGGCCACGAUGGCCAUUUUGUCCCCAGGAUCUCAGGCUCCCUUGUUGGCUCUGUGAGAAUUCUUGGUUGCUUUCCUACAAAGUCUCUUCUAGGAAGCUGCUGACUCUGCUAAGAUGUGUCUCCUCAGAAGCUGGACAUCUGCUGGGGGAACUGCUAACAGUGGGCCGUGCUGGACUCUUCUCAGUUCUCGGUCUCUUCUUUACCCUCAGCCCAGGACACAGGCCAGGCAGCCAGCGUUUAGGGUUGGAGUGCCUGACUGUAAACACUGGUUAGCUGCCAGCCACCAGGCCUGGUUUCACUCGGCCUGGAGAAGAGUAGGGCGAAACCAGUCAGGUCUCCUGGAGCUGUGGGCUUCUGAGCACUGAGCAAAAGUCUGUCAGGCAUCCAGACCACAAGGGCAGGAGUUCAGGCAUGCAGCAGCUUAAGUUAUGGGCCGUGACCAAGCCGAGCUUCCGUCAGACCAGCACAAGGCAGAGCUGGGCUGCAUCUUGCAGUUCUCAGGGUCCUUCACCACUCUAGGCCCUUUCAUUCUUGGAUUAUUAAAUCUCAGUUCCAGUC